GCAAAUGAAUUUUAUAAUACAUGAAACAGAUACUCUGUUGUUUUUUUCAUGAAGGGAUUUUGAUUUCAUAUCAGCCAGAAAAAAAUGUUCCACUGGCAGGCAAUAGAUGGAAGCUGUGCUUAACAGGGCGCCCACUUUGACUGUAGUUCACCUGUUACCGACUGUUGGUGGAAGAACACUGCUAAGUCACCUUCAGACACAGAGACGACUUUCCGAAGAACCGGAAGGAAAUUUCCUCUGGAUCCUGGAGCUCAAAUUCAAGGUUUGAGUUGCUGAUUCUGAGUAGGAGUAGUAAAGGAUGAGAUACCAGAGCAACUAUAAAUCAUCUAGAGAUUAUUACAUCUCUUUGGAAAUUGUAAUCUUUAUUUCUGGAUGCUGUGCCAACUUACCUACACAAAUGCAUGAUGACGCCUAAGUACUCUUAUUUUUCUGGGUAUUAUGUGGGCUUUCUUUUCCUACAAGUGAUGACAUCAACACCAGAAAAGUGGACAGUGAUCACUCCCAUGGGACACUUGGUGGCUACAGUGGGAGGACAGGCUGAGCUUAGCUGCCAGUUGUCCCCACCACAAAGUGCAGAACACAUGGAGGUGUCCUGGUUCCAGGGUAAUCAUUCCAAGCUUGUUCACCUAUACAGAGAUGGCCAUGAAGUGAAUGGGAAUGCUGCCCCAGAAUAUGCAAAUCGCAUAGAGUUUGUGAAAAAGGCCAUUGGGGAUGGCAAAGUGACUCUCCGACUUCAUAAUAUCAGCAUUUCUGAUAAUGGACCAUACCAGUGUUCAUUCAAGGACAGUGAAUUCAGGGGUGAGGCUGUCAUGAACCUGAGUGUCACAGCAUUAGGCUUGGAGACACAGAUCUAUAUUCAGGUUCCUAGCACUGGUGGACUUACGUUGGAGUGUAACUCAGGAGGCUGGUUCCCACAGCCACAGAUGGAGUGGAGAGACAACAAGGGAGAGGUAGUUCCGCAUUUAUCAAAAUCCUAUUCACAGGAUGAAGCUGGAUUAUUCUACGUGAAGAUGAUUGUUUUCCUCCAAAAUAAAUCACAGGGCAAUGUGAUUUGCUACAUUUACAACCCUCUGUCAGGGGAAGGGAAGCAAAUAAAUGUCUUCUUAGCUGACUCCUUGUUUGAUCCAGUUCACAUCUGGCUGAUAGUUUUAAUUUCAGUUUUCUGUGUGGUACUACUUUUGUUUGGUGUGCUCCUACUCUGUCAAUAUUUCAAAAUAACAGUGCUCCGGUGUGACCUCAUUCAUUUGUUGAACACAAGUUUUGCUCAGUUACUCUGUUUUGUAUGCUCUUGUACAAUACCCAUUAUAUAUCUGCUAUUCCGGAAGAGAGUGUCCCUUUCAGAUCCUUUGUUUUUUUUAUACAAUGACUGGAUACAGGAUAUUUCAACAAUGGUGAUUGUGCUGAUGACAUUUUACAGUGUACUUAUCCUUAGUUUGUACCUGACAAUAAAAGGCCAUAUAAGAAGAAAAAGAAUAUUUGAAAAAAAUCAGCAGAUACGUGAGCAGCAAAAUGUAGAAAUGGAAACACUACACGAGAAAUAAUAUGCCCUGAACAGAGUGGCUCAGUUGGUUGAGUGUUGUCCUG